CCAUGCAUGCAUGCGCACACACUUUCUCUCUCUCUCUCUCUCACACACACACACACACGCAGCUGGAAGAGGAAAAACACCGCGCUGGAGGAGGAGAAGACCGACCACAAGCUUUCGGACUUGAGGAUGUCCCGUGCGCUCCUGUUACUCUAACCGACCUGAUGUUGUUCUAACAGAAGAAACAUUGUUUCCUUUUUUGUUUGUUUUUGUUACUUUUUUCCCCCCUCUUCUCUUUCAUCUCCACUGCAAACGAGCCGAGCGCGCGCGCGAGAUGCCAGCAUGCGCUCGGUGACGCUGCCGCUGCUGCUGUUCGCCUGUCUCGCGCUCCGGAGGCCGGCGGCGUGCGUGGAGCGCGUGUCCAUGCGCGAGCGCUUCAAGGUGGUGAUCGCGCCGCUGAUCUGCAAGCGCACGUGCGAGCGCAACGGCCAGUGCCGCGACACGUGCGAGCAGGGCGACAACACGACGCUGAUCGGGGAGAACGGGCAGGCCGCCGACACGCUCACCGGGCACGGCUUCAGAGUCGUGGUGUGUCCCCUGACCUGUGUAAAUGGAGGUGUGUGUAGUAACCGUACACACUGCUUGUGUCCACCGGGUUUCACAGGCAGACUAUGUCAGUUUCCUCUCCGCACUCAGGCGUCACGUGGCAACAAGCAGCCGGUCUACACGGUACAGGUGAGACAGGACGGUCCAGGUCUGUCGGAUGCGAGCGGGCCCGCCGGACGCCAGCAGCUCACUCAGACACACUCAGUGUUCACUCUGCCACUGUCACCGGGCAAUGGCCACCACUCAUCUGAGGUGCAGUUUAACGUACGCGUCCACCACUCGCCGGACACCUCAGUCGUCAUCCAACCCUUCGACCAACCAGAGGCCAAGCUUCCUAAGAGCGUGACCCGCCUUCCUCCACAGACACAGAAGCCCAGGGGGCGGUGCUUCCAGGAGACCACGCCCAAGCAAGCUUGUAGCAGUAACCCUCUCCCCGGCCUGACCAAUCAGGAGGACUGCUGCGGCAGCGUGGGAAAUUCCUGGGGCCAAAACAAAUGCUACAAAUGCCCCAAGCUCCCGUAUGCUGGGAAGCCACAGACGAUAAUCGAGGAAUUUGGCUCCACUUGCCCUCAAGGUUACAAAAGAUUAAACAGAACACACUGCCAAGAUAUUAACGAGUGCACGAUGCAGGGUGUUUGUCAGAACGGUGAGUGUUUAAACACACUUGGAAGUUUCCGUUGCACCUGCAAACCUGGAUACGUCCUGAAAGAUAGAGCGCGCUGUGUUGUGUCGAUGGUGGAGCAGGGCCUGUGUUUCCUCAUGGUGACGGAGACGGGCCGUUGCGAACACGCGCUCUCCACUAACCUGUCCCGAGAGAUCUGCUGCUGCACCGUGGGCAAAGCCUGGGGCUCCAACUGCGAGAGAUGCCCACAGGACGGCACCGCUUCCUUCAGUAAGAUCUGUCCUGCAGGAAAGGGAAUGUCGUACCAGCAGGUUCAUAGAAUUUUAGCUAUCCAGACUGAGAUCGGGCAGAUCCCCAUCAUACCUCAGAAGGAGGUCAAACUGCCGGAAGUGCUCCUGACCACGCCCCCGCAGGUCCAGCCGAUGAGCACUCGCGUCCCAGUCCUCAUUCCCAAGCCGACGACGCGUCCCAUAAUCCACAUUCUUCCGGAGAAAGAGAUGCUGGCGGUGGCGCAGACGCAGGUCUCGCCGGUAGACGAGUGCAAGCUCAACAGGAACAUCUGUGGUCAUGGAGAGUGUAUCAACACACAUAACGGUUUCACAUGUCAGUGUAAGGCUGGAUACCGUCCUCACACCCAGAAGAAGAGCUGCGUAGAUGAGAACGAGUGUGACUGGGAGCCGUGUGGUCACGGCCGGGGCACCUGCAUCAAUACCGUCGGCUCGUACCGCUGCAACUGUCACCCCGGCAACCAGCUGAUAGGACAUCACGUGAAGCCGCGCUGCGUGGAUAUAAACGAGUGCUCUAUGCCGGAUAUCUGCGGGAUCGGAGGACACUGCGUGAACCUGCCCGGCUCCUAUAAGUGCGACUGCCUGUCGGGUUUCAGGAGCAAGUCACGAAGACAACCUGUGUGUGAAGAUAUUAAUGAGUGCCUGGACCCUUCUGCGUGUCCCGAUGCACAGUGUGAGAACACAGUAGGAUCGUACGAGUGUAUUCCCUGCCAGCCAGGACACAAGGUGCAGGGAGGAGUGUGUUACGAUGUGAACGAGUGUCAGAAGAGAGGAGUGUGUAUGAACGGCCGGUGUGAGAACUUACCUGGGACGUACCGGUGUCUGUGUAACGAGGGCUUCCUGCCCGAGGCUGACAGCAAGGGCUGCCGAGAUAUUAAUGAGUGCCAGGACAACCGUUUGUGUGCGAACGGACGCUGCAUAAACACAGAAGGCUCGUUUCAGUGCCAGUGUUACCCUGGAUACCAGCCGACCCAGGAGGGCAGCCACUGUGAGGAUAUUAAUGAGUGUGAGCGUGCGUCGAACUGCCAGAGGGGGCGCUGCAUCAACACCAUGGGCUCGUACCGCUGCGAGUGCCAGAAAGGAUACAUGCUGGUUAACGGACGCAGAUGCCAAGACAUAGACGAGUGUGAGGUGGAUAGGAGCCUGUGCCAACCCCAUGGAGUGUGUGACAACAUCCCGGGCGGAUAUGUGUGUGUAUGUGACGAUGGCUUCAUUCUGUCCGAGGACAAACACAGCUGUGAGGAGGUGAUGUUCGAUGUGGACAAUAAGAAGGAGUGUUACCUGAACCUGGAUGACACGGUGUUCUGCGACAGCGUCCUGGCCACCAAUGUGACGAAGCACGAAUGCUGCUGCUCAGUAGGAGUGGGCUGGGGGGAUCACUGUGAGAUUUACCCCUGCCCCGUCUAUCACUCCGCGGAGUACCACUCUUUAUGUCCCAUGGGACGAGGCUUUUACCACGAGGAGGGAAUGAUAGACUACGGCCUGCCAGGGCGAAGGGAUAUAGACGAAUGUGUUCUGUUCGCGAAUGAAAUCUGUAAGGAAGGUCGAUGCAUGAACACACAGCCCGGGUUUGAGUGUUACUGUCAGCAGGGUUUCUAUUACGACAGCAACCUACUCGAGUGUAUAGAUGUGGACGAGUGUCAUGACGAGUCUCUGUGCACUAACGGUCACUGCGUGAACACACGUGGCUCCUUUUUCUGCAACUGUAACAACCCGUGGACUCCGGACCCCACUAAAAAGAAGUGUGUCCUGCCUACAGACUUAGGGGUAAAUGAAUGUCAGGACCUGUCGAACUGUAAAAACGGGGACUGUGUGGACACGCAGGAAUCCUACUACUGCAUCUGUAUGCCACCCUUGACCCUUGGGACUGAUCGCAACAGCUGCGUAACGCCAGAGGAACAGGCCGUAAUGUCUGUGGUGACCCUUUCAGAUGUGAAUGAGUGUCUGGACCCGUCAUACUGCAGGAACGGGAGGUGUGUGAACACUCCCGGCUCCUUCCACUGCAUCUGCGCUCAGCCUCUUACCUUCAGCGCCGCACUCAAGCAGUGCGUCUACGACGACCGUACAGCAGCCCAUAAAGAUGUUUGUUUUCAAGAAGUGGAUGAAGAUAUGAUGUGCAGCAUGCCACGGCCAGGGCUUGCAGUCACCUACUCCGAGUGCUGCUGCCAUUAUGGCCAUGGCUGGGGCCCUGAGUGCCGCACCUGCCCACAGAGAAACUCAGUGAUCUUUAACAGGCUGUGUGAGAUGCACCUGGAGACCGAGUCAGACGGAGACUCAGACUUUUUAGCGCCUUUCAGUUAUAAUCCAGAGAGGGACAGUUCAGAGGAAGACUCAGACGAGUGCACCUGUGCUAACGGACGAUGCGUUCGUUCGUACCUGGGUACCAUGUGUGAGUGUAACUCAGGCUUCAGACUGGAUCAUACACGAACGCGAUGUGUAGAUAUAGACGAGUGUGUUGGGCGCCCCUGUAAAAACGCCCGCUGUGUGAACACCGUUGGUUCCUUCAAGUGCAUCUGCAAAAACGGCCCAUGUGCCCAAAGACACAUCAUGAGACAAAAAUAUACACACAAGAACACGAAAUAAGCGCACACACAAACACACAGACACAGUUUUCACUCAUCUUCGUCCACCCUCUUGUAGUUUUCUGUGGUUGAUGAGUGUCCUGUAAACUUCCUUCCUUUUGUAAUUCAGUCUUUUAAACUGAAGUUUCACAAAUCAUGUUUAUUUGUACUUGUAAACCCCCCCCCCCCUUCUCAUUUUUGAGUUCUUUUUGCACAAGUUUGUUUCAUAUUUGUCUGGAUGUGGAUUUGUACUUUUUUUUCUUUGUAACUUCUUUUGAUUUUCUUAAGAUGAUGUGAAAUGCCAGUGUCAUGUCUCACCUACGAGAAGCCUCAGCUCAGUUAGCAAUGAUCGGGAGAAUGAUUUUUUUUUGCGCAGAGUCUAUUUUGCUGCGUUAUUCAGUAUUUUAAUUAACUGUACAUACACCGUUAACACUUAAAUUAACAUUUAUUACAUAUUUGCACUAAUUCUUAAAAAGUUGCUAUUUAAACUAAGUGCAAAUGGACGCUACAAUAGAUUUUAUUGUUGAACAUAAAGUGUCUUUAGUUGUAACAUCUAAACAAAUAUCAGAUCUCAUAGUUCUUAGAAUGUUACAGUUCUAGAUCUCGCUGAUACUUAGAGACUAAGCAUGAAAUUAGCCACACCCAGAAAACUCCAUAUAAGGAACAAACAACACAAUUUAGUGGCAAAAGAGCGCCUUGUAAAAUGGUUUUGCAUAAGAUUUCAUUACGUUUGUCCCAAAUUUAAUUUGUUAAUUUGUUGAUGGACUUGUUUUGAAAUCGCUUUUUUUUCCCUAUGAAUGCAAAAUUUCUACGUAACCCUAAAUUUCUACGAUUUAAGUUAUGUUACAUUAAAUUUAGCUGCUGUUUAGAAUUUUCUCUUAAGUAAAAAAAAAAAAAAAAAAAAACACAUCCACAAGUGCCGAAAAUGAGGUUAAGGUGGGAGGAAUGGACUAAAUUAGCACUAGUACACUUUCUUGCAAUUUAGGCUCACAGGCAGGUUUCUUCCCUACCAUGCGGAUGGUCCAGGUUCAAUUCCCAGCCAGUGCCCAAACCCCAGCCACUGGAAGCAGUGCCAGUCCCAAGCCUGGAUAAAAUAGGAGGUUUUCAUCAGGAAGGGCAUCCAGCGUAAAACCUAAAUGUUGUACGGAUCGGACGUCCACUGUGGCGACCCGUCAAUCAGAGGAACCAAAGGACUAACAACAACAAUUGUUAUCCAUAAAAUUACAGCAAAAUUCUACUACACCCGUUUAAAGUUCAGAACUGAAGUUACAUUAACACUCAUUUUAAAUUAAGUGAACCGACGAAUCCAGCUCUGUGUACUAUAAGCACUCUGGUCUUGUUCUUAUCCAAAGAUGUAUUUUUCUUUUACUGGUCUCUUUAUGUUUGUUAAUAUUUUUAAGAUAUUUGAAACUCUUUACUCCCAUUCCGUAGUUUUGUACUUUACAUUGUAAGUGUGAUGAAGUUGCAAAUUGUGAGAAAAAAAGUUUUGAGACAAAACCGAACCACAGCUGAAAAAACAAUAAACCUGAGAUGAAGUGAAACCA